GCGGGCACACCGAGCGAAACGCAGCGCAGCGCAGCAAAAUCGACGUUACCAUUAUUUAUAAUCAAUUAAACAAUUGGGAAAAUCCGGCAGCAGAUCGCGCAGUAUUCGUACCGCCCCCGCCACGCCUACAGCUGCCCACGCCGCCACGCCCUCUGGCGCGGGGUCACUUCGAUAGAGAGCGCUGCGUGUGUGUGUGUGAGGGAGAAAAGAAAAAAAAACAGGCAGCGAAAAGCGAUAAGAAACGGAGCACACUGGAAAAAAUUGCGAUAAGCAGUGGGGCAAGCGGAAAUCGCCAAGAUCCUGGAAUGGAUUAACGGCACAGUCGGGUUGUGAGGUUAGCCAACAGUGGGAUUAGGAGCAGGAUCAGGAUCAGCCAUGUCGUCCGCCGUGAACAUCCAGAUCGUCUCCAUGCCGAACCUGGCCAAGAUCGAGAGCUUCCUGAAGGACGUUAGCUACCGGGAGACGAUCGAGUACAGCGCCAACUUUAACACGCGCCUAUGCAUCGAGCGGCGCCUCCGGCUGCCCUUCCUCGAUCCGCAGACGGGCGUCGCCCAGAACCACUCGCAGCUCUUUCUGGACAAGCGCCAGCGGAUGCCCGGCUUCCGCCAGGGCCAGAUCUACACCUAUCCGGCUGCCCGCUGGCGAAAGAGCCGCCGUCAGUACUUGAGCAAGAUGUACAGUCGCUUUCCGGAGCGCCCUUUCCAGGCGCUACGCAAGGAGCACGAGGCUCUGGUGGCCAGCGGCGUGAAUCUGGGACUAAGCAGCCUGUCCAGUGGAGUAGGACCCAUGCCCGGCACCACUAACCUGGCCAGCAGCUCCUCCCUGACGCUAAACAUGCUCACUGGCGGCGGGGCAGCGCCGGCUGUCCUGGGUUCCCUGCACAGCGAAACUGCCCACGAUUUUAAUGGGGCCUUCAGCCUGGAGGAGUCCAGCUCACUGGGUGCCGCCGGCGGUGAUACAUCCGAUAGCAAGGACAGCCAACAGCAGCAGCAUCAGCAACAACAGCACCAGCAACAGGCCGUCAAGGAGGAGCAGCUGCCCAAGGAGUGGUUCUACGAUGACAUGGACAUGAACGAUGUGGACUCGCUGGAGGAGCCCAAGUCGCCGGCGGACGAUGAGUACGACUAUGACCCGCGCUACGGGAACAAAAAGCGGCGUAAACGGCGGCCUGGAAAGCGAGGAGGAGACUCCGGCGGCGGAGGUGGAGGAGGAGGCUCCAGUGGUGUUGGCAGCUCCGGCGGCGGCUCCAGUUCACGGAGACGCAGUGCCGCGGUCAGGUCCCGCAUCGCCACGACAGAUGCGGCGCUGGACGCCUCGCUGGAAGCCAUCGAAUCCGGUGAGAGUGUGCCAGGCAGCAAUGGCGGCCCGGUCUCCAGCGGUGGCAUCCUCAGCAGCAGUUUGGGAGCAGGCUUGACAGGAGUUUCGGGAUCUGGUGCAGCAGGAGGUUCAGCAGGGGCUUUGGCCAACAGCCGUAGAUCCCGGGGAGCGGGAACGCGCGGCAGGCGACGAGCCAAGGGACCAAUCAGCGCCGUGGGAGCUGUGUCCGAUCCGACAAGCCCCGGUAUGGUUUUCGAACCACCAUCCUUCGAGAGUGCCGCUGCUGCUGUGGGCGUGGUCGAGGACGCGAACGCCCAUUUGCGCAACUAUCGGAAGUAUCUGUAACCGCUCUUUCAACAACUAAUUCGUCGUGUAAUCAAUCAAUCCCCUGUUUUUGCGUUGUUUUCUCGCCUAUCGAUCGACCUACUUUUCGAACAUAAUUUAAAGCUAGUUUUUAAGCCUUAGUUGAUUACUGUUGCCUCCCAACAAAAUAUGGAAAUUAAUCAAAUACAUUGUGGACCAGGAACAGAAACAGGACUAGGAUCAGGAUUACGAUCAGAACAGCGCAUCAGGCCGUAGCCAAUUUAAUUCCAAUGUUUCGCCUCUCUUAACUUUACGUUCCCAUAGCCAAUUGAUUGUUGUUUUUUGAACUACCAAUAGGCUGGCGAAAUUCUCUGCAAACGAACUUCAGCAGAAACUCCAAGGAAGUAGAACGUAUUCAGAGAUCACUUAAACUUUUUUUUUGGAAAAAUAUAGUUGCAUGUUUUUGAAACCUUUAGCAAUUAAAAAUCUUAAUAUCAAAUUACCAAUGAAUAAUUUAGUGGACGAUUUAUAUGAUAGCUUUAAAACCGUGUAAAUUUCAUCGUUUCGGACACCCCUAGGUAUUUAAAAAUUAUAUAAUUUAGGCAAACAAAGGCACUUUAUAUAAAAUUGGUUGGAAUAUGUAAACGAGUGCUUAAAAAAAUAUUUACAUUUAAGUAAAAUGAAAAGUAUAUAAAAAUAUUUCCUGACUACAUUUUCAAAAUUUUUGGCAAAAGAAAAAAAUCUUAACAAAAUCGAGAACUAAUGCAACUCCACCGAAUCUGAAAAGUGUCCUGAAUUAAAUAUGCAACGAAAAAGUCUUAAAAUCUCCAUGAUAUCGGAUUCGAAUACAUAAAUGCGAUCUCAAGCCUUUUUCGCCGCAUGGCUUCCAAUUUGUUCUUUAGAGAAGUUCGCCAGACUAUAACAUUAUAUUGUACAUUAUAUAUAUGAGUGUACAGGCAUUAUAUAUAUUUACAUGCAUUAUAUUAGCGAGUCUACUUAAACCUAGUCCACCUUUUGGACUGGCUCUCCACCUAAUCGCAAUCUCUCAGUUUCUGUUGCUGCAUGUUCUAUUAAAACACUAUAUCUAUCUCCCUUCUCCACAUAUUAUAUUAAAUUUUUUUAUUUAACCAAAAUUUUAGUUAAAAGAAAACAAUUCAAAUUGUAAUCUAUUUAGGCAAGUGGUAGGGUAUCUCUAGCAAAUAGAAGAAGCUAAAAAACACUUUCGUAAAACCAAAAUUUUUUCUCUAGGAUCAUAAUUUUUAAGCUGAGCUGAAAACAAAUUUUAACAAACUAACAAAACAAAAAUUAAAACAAGAUCAAAAAAAAAAACGUGUACAUUUCGAAAAGUCAAAGUCCACAAAAUUGUAAUAUUUGAGCGACAUAAAUCACACAAGAAUCCACAAAAGAAGGCAAAAAAAAAUGGAAAUAGGUUUCUAAGAUGUUUUAAUAUAUUUUGUAAUAACAA